CGGAGCUUUGCGUGAGGCAGCGGCCGGGUGGGCGCUGCGCUGAGGCGGCCGCGGGGCUGAGGCGGGCGCUGGGUCCAUCGGUGCGGGCCGCAGCCAUGAUCCACAGCUUGUUCCUCAUCAACGCCGCGGGGGACAUCUUCCUGGAGAAGCAUUGGAAGAGCGUCGUCAGCCGCUCCGUCUGCGACUACUUCUUCGAGGCGCAGGAGAGGGCCUCGGAGGCGGAGAACGUGCCGCCGGUGAUCCCCACGCCGCACCAUUACCUCCUCAGCGUCUACCGCCACAAGAUCUUCUUCGUGGCCGUCAUCCAGAGCGAGGUGCCGCCUCUCUUCGUCAUCGAGUUCUUGCACCGCGUCGUCGACACCUUCCAGGAUUAUUUUGGUGUCUGUUCAGAGGUGAUGAUCAAGGACAAUGUUGUGGUCGUUUAUGAGGUGCUGGAGGAGAUGCUGGACAAUGGCUUUCCAUUGGCAACAGAGUCUAAUAUUCUUAAGGAACUGAUAAAACCUCCCACUAUCCUGCGAACAGUUGUCAACACCAUCACAGGAAGCACUAAUGUGGGUGACCAGCUCCCUACUGGACAGCUGUCAGUGGUGCCUUGGAGACGUACUGGUGUCAAAUAUACCAACAAUGAGGCGUAUUUUGAUGUGAUUGAGGAGAUAGAUGCAAUCAUUGACAAAUCAGGUUCCACGAUUACUGCUGAAAUCCAAGGGGUGAUUGAUGCUUGUGUCAAGCUGACUGGGAUGCCAGACCUUACCCUCUCCUUUAUGAACCCUCGGUUGUUGGAUGAUGUCAGCUUCCAUCCCUGUGUGCGUUUUAAGCGCUGGGAGUCAGAGAGAAUACUCUCCUUCAUUCCACCUGAUGGGAAUUUUCGCUUGCUCUCCUACCAUGUCAGUGCUCAGAAUCUUGUGGCAAUUCCUGUCUACGUUAAGCACAACAUCAGUUUCCGUGAUAGCAGCUCACUGGGACGUUUUGAGAUCACAGUGGGGCCGAAGCAGACUAUGGGGAAGACUGUAGAGGGAGUGAUUGUCACCAGCCAGAUGCCAAAAGGUGUCUUAAAUAUGACCCUCACACCCUCUCAGGGAACACACGUCUUCGAUCCAGUUACAAAGUUGCUGUCAUGGGAUGUGGGGAAAAUAAACCCCCAGAAGCUGCCAAGCCUGAAGGGGAGCAUGAGCCUGCAAGCUGGGUCAUCGAAACCAGAUGAAAACCCCACCAUUAACCUGCAGUUUAAAAUUCAGCAGCUGGCUAUAUCUGGACUGAAGGUGAAUCGCUUGGACAUGUAUGGGGAGAAGUACAAGCCCUUCAAGGGGAUAAAAUACAUGACUAAGGCUGGCAAGUUCCAAGUCCGAACCUAGAGGAUCCUGAUAGCAAGGAAGAGCACUUUCCUGUUUCUUCUGUCCCCGGCUGUUGGAUGCAGCCUCUUACCCCAUCCAUCUGUUCAGGGUUGCUCCCUUGCCUGUAGUAGCAUGAGCAGGAGAGUCAGUGCUUAGGGUGCUGGGGAGCAGGGAAAGGUAAGGUUGACCUGAAACCAUCUCAUCCCUAGCUGAGUCUGAAGCAUUUGGAACAAUGGCAGAUGCGAGAGGUGUUCAGGUCUCUUGGGAUUAGUGAGUCAGCUUUGUAUGCUUGUAUCACCUUCAUUUUGCUGUCUUAAAGGAAAUUCUAGGGUUUUAUUGCCUUUUUUAAUUCCUCUUCCUUCUAUUUUGGUUGGCUUUUAGCCCUUGUAGAUGAUACAAAGUUGAGUUUCCCCGAACUUCAGCUCCAGUGUGAUGGUCCAGCAUCUGCCCUUCUCCAUCACUGGGCAUUAGGGUGGAGAGCUCUAUAGUUCUUGGCAGCAGAGAGAUCAUCCAGCCAUUCUGCCUGGAAGGGACUGAGAGAAGUGGAAAGGUAGAUUGUCCCACCCAGCAUGAGAAGUUAAGAAGCAUGAGGUUGGGGAUGGCGUCAUAGAGGGAGGAAGGGAAGAAGUGAAUGCUUUUUCUACAUAUUUCAUAAGCUCUUUUGGUUCAUCAAGUCUCUUGAACCUCUGGAGAUGGACUGGAAACCCAUCCAGAUCUUAGGAUGGUAUCCUGUGAAGGGCUGACUGCAGCACAUAUGGUCUUGUAAUUGAUGGGUGGUGACAUCUGAAUGUAAUUCUACUUCUCUUAUUUCAUCAGUAUUUGAAGGUAGGGAUUCUCCUGGCUUCUCUGGGGGGUCAGGGAAGAGGCAGAAAGGCAUGAGAAUUUUUGUGGAGGCACAGCACACUGAUGGAAAUUGAAGCCGUGGUUAAAUGAAGACAAUCACUAUCCUAGUAACUUGUUGGCAACUCUUCUUGUCUCUGCCUGCCUAGUACAAAUGAAGGUGAUACUGCUGUUCUUCUGCUCACUGAUGUCUGUCUUUGAGGUAAUUGUGUCUUGGUACCUUUGUAGUAUUUCUUGCUGUCCUACCUCAUUCCAGUUCCUGUACCAACCAGCUGCUCUGCAGGUGGAUUCAAGCCUACACUGGAUUUUUCACUGGGACCAUCUCUUCUGUAGGAGCUGUUUGCUGGAUUUGCCUAUUCAGUCCACGCUGCAUCUCUCUACAGCAUAAAUACGAGCUGAGAGGCAUCUGCAGUGUUCCAUAUUGUCUGUAAUGUGCUCUUUGGCCACUAGAUGCCAAUGUGUUUUCUCUGUGGUAGCAGAACUUGGCCCUGGCUGUGGAGUGCAGCAUGUACAGUGAUGCUUGUGAACAGAACAAGGUGACUCUAAGCAAAGGGUAACACACAUUCUGGUUUGCCUGUGAUGGAUACUUGCAGUGGAUGAGUGGCAUCCUGCAUGUGGAAUUGCAAGUUUCAGUGCAACUAAUGGAUGCCAUACUGCCUAGCAUGUUCAGUGCAAAUAUAACCUUCAGCAAGGGCAUCAAUAAAGUUCAGUUUUACAUGUCA